AUGAAGCCGAUCUUUUGCGGAAACCUGGAUUUCGACGCAAGACAAUCUGAUGUCGAGAGGCUUUUCAGAAAAUACGGCAAGAUUGAUAGAGUGGACUUGAAGUCUGGUUUUGCUUUCGUCUACAUGGAAGACGAACGUGAUGCCGAGUAUGCAAUUAGACGGCUUGAUCAAACAGAAUUUGGUAGAAAGGGGCGCCGGAUUCGUGUCGAAUGGACUAAGCAAGAGCGUGACAACAGAAGGUCCGGUGGUGAUUCAAAGAAAUCUUCAACUAAUACAAGACCAUCAAAGACUUUGUUUAUUAUAAAUUUUGAUCCUGUUCACACCAGGACAAGGGACUUAGAGAGACACUUUGAUCCCUAUGGGAAAAUAUCAAAUUUAAGGAUCAGAAGGAAUUUUGCUUUUAUCCAGUUUGAAACCCAGGAGGAAGCUACUAAAGCUUUGGAAGCAACUAACCUGAGCAAGUUUAUGGACCGUGUUAUCACUGUGGAGUAUGCUAUAAGAGAUGACGAUGUAAAAAAGGAUGGAUACAGUCCUGAUAGAAGAGGUCGUGGUUCCCCUGAUGGGAGGUAUGGUCGUGGCAGAUCUCCAAGUCCUUAUCGUAGAGGUAGGGCUAGCCCUGAUUAUGGUAGAAGUAGGGGUAGCCCUGAUUAUGGUCGUGGAUCAAAUCCAGCUUCCAGACCAGAACCAAGAGGAAGCCCCAAGUAUGAACGAGCUGAAAGCCCAAUGAAUGGGAGAUAUGAUAGUCGAUCUCCUCCACCUCGUGGAUCAAAUCAAUCUUCCAGACCAGAACCUAGAGGAAGCCCUGAGCAUGAACGGGCUGAAAGCCCAAUGAAUGGGAGAUAUGAUAGCCGAUCUCCCCCACCUCGUGAUAGGUCAAGAUCCUGA